UAAAGUCCCCCUUUAUCUCAGCUCGCUGGUCACCAUAGCAGCACCCACCUGUAGCACGCACUCCAGCAGGUAUAUCUCUCUGGUCACCCCCAAAACCAAUUCCUCCUUUGGCCACCUCUCCUUCCAGUUCUCUGCUACCAAUGACUGGAACGGACUACGAAAAUCUCUGAAACUGGAAACACUCAUCUCCCUCACUAGCUUUAAGCACCAGCUGUCAGAGCAUCUCACAGAUUAAUGCACCUGUACAUAGCCCAUCUAUAAUUGACCCCAAACAACUACCUCUUCCCCUACUGUAUUUUUUAUUUUUUAUUUUGCUCCUUUGCACCCCAUUAUUUCUAUUUCUACUUUGCACAUUCUUCCACUGCAAAUCUAUCAUUCCAGUGUUUUACUUGCUAUAUUGUAUUUACUUUGCUACCAUGGCUUUUUUUUGCCUUUACCUCCCUUAUCUCACCUCAUUUGCUCACAUUGUAUAUAGACUUAUUUUUCUACUGUAUUAUUGACUGUAUGUUUGUUUUGCUCCAUGUGUAACUCUGUUGUAUGUGUCGAACUGCUUUGCUUUAUCUUGGCCAGGUCGCAGAUGUAAAUGAGAACUUGUUCUCAACUUGCCUAUCUGGUUAAAUAAAGGUGGGGGAAAAAAAAAUUCUACAUCACUUUUUGGAUUUAGAAAUGAAUGACAUUACAGUGCUUUCACAAAGUAUUCACACCCAUUGCAUUUUUCCACAUUUCGUUGUGUUACAAAGUUGGAUUCAAAUUGAUUUAACUGUAAUUUUUUGUCAACUAUCUGCACAAAAUACUCUGUCAAAAUGGAAGAAAAAUUAUAACAUUUUAAUUUUUUUUAUUCAACCCCACAAGUCAAUGCAUGUUAGAAUCACCUUUGGCAGAGAUUACAUCUGUGAGUCUUUCUGCGUAAGUCUCUAAGAGCAUUCAAAACCUGGAUUGUGAAACAUUUUCCCAGGAUUAUUUUCAAAACUCUUCAAACUUUGUGAAAUUGGUUGUUGAUCAUUGCUAGACAAGCAUUUUCAGGCAGAUUUAAGUGAAAACUGUAACAAUUCGGCCACUAAGAAACAUUCACUGUCUUCUUGGUUUUCAUCUCCAGUGUAGAUUUGGACUUGUGUUUUAGAGUAUUGUCCCGAAGAAAGGUGAAUGCAUCUACCAGUGUCUGCUGGAAAGCAGACUGAACCAGGUUUUCCUCUAGGAUUUUGCCUGUGCUUAGCUCCAUUCUGUUUAUUUUUUAUCCUGGAAAACUCCCAGUUCUUAACGAUUACAAGCAUACCCAUAACAUGAUGCAGCCAGCACUAUGCUUGAAAAUAUGGAGAGUGGUACUCAAUAACGUGGUGUAUUAGAUUUGCCCCAACCAUAACACUUUGAAUUCAGGAUUUUUAUUUUUUUGCAGUAUUACUUCAGUGCCUCGUUGCAAACAGGAUGCAUGUUUUGGAUUAUUUUUAUUCGGUACAGGUUUCCCUUUCACUCAAUUAAUUAGGUCAGUAUUGUGGAGUAACUACAAUGUUGGUCCAUCCUUAGAGUUUAAUGGCUGUGAUAGGAGAAAACUAACUGUUUUAAUGUCUGCUUUAAAAAUGUGUACCCAUCUACCAAUAGGUGCCUUUCUUUGCAGGGCACUGGGAAACCUAGGUCUUUGUGGUUGAAUCUGUUUGAAAUUCACUGUUCGACUGAGGGACCUUACAGAUAAUUGAGUGUGUGUGGUACAGAGAUGAUGUAGUCAUUCAAAGAUCAUGUUAAACACUAUAUAAUUGCACACAGUCCAUGCAACCUAUUAAGCACAUUUUUACUACUGAACUUAUUUAAGCUUGCCCUAACGACAGGGUUGAAUACUUAUUGACUCAAGAAAUUUCAGUUUAAUUUGUAAAAAAAAAAUUAAAAAUAUCCACUUACAUUAUGGGGUAGUGUGUGUGUGUGUAGGCUAGUGACAAACUAAUACAUUUUAAAUUCAGGCUGUAACAACAAAAUGUGUAAACUCAAGGGGUGUGACUACUUUCUAAAGGCACUGUAUAUCCAUUGAUUCCUGAAGAAUACAACUUAUGAGCUUAGUUCAACCGUUUUCCCCCAUCAGAACCCAUAAUAUAAGCAUGCUUUACUCUGUCUGUUAACAAUGUAAAUGUAAACAAACACUGUAUAGCCAUAAAACAUGGUUAAAAAUAUAAUUGUUAUAUCACGGAUGGUCAGUCCUUGCAUCCAUAACUCUGUCUAUGAAUUUGAGUGGUUGCAGUAUCCACGCCCAUACCUCAGCUUUUAACCAAAACAGAGGCGGGGUGGACACUUAGUUCUUGUUUCAAUUAUGGCUUCUAUAUUUGAACCAUGCAAUCUCUUUACAGUGGCCAUGAUAGAGCCAGUACUUCUACUCCUGCUACUGGGUAAGAGAUCAGAUGGGAUGAAUAUUCCUCUCUUGGUAUUAUCAACCAACCUGCUAUGACUUAUCUAAUGAGUCUCAGUUUAACCAACAUUUAGGACAUUUACAGAACUCUCUCCUUGAGUGGACACAGUUGUAUUCCAACUUCAUAAUCACUGAACUGAAAUAUAAGUCCUAAGGUUGAUGUCGGUGUCACAAUCUAAACAGAAAAAGAGAUUGACGGUCCCAAAAAUAACUGAUGUGACAUUUAUCCCCACAGCAGCCAGGUUCUCACCAGUGUUUGGGACUGAGAUAUCAGUACUGGAGGGAACCUCUGUGACCCUUGUCUGCAGAUUUCCCAGUGAGGAGAAUCACAUGCUUUAUACAACCUUGAGUGAAACCAGUAAUUGCAAAUGGUGGUCCUGUUGUAAUCCCAUAGCUGUGACAACAAUACCUAUCAUCGCACAAGAAAACAAAUACAGAUGUAUAACUGGAGUUGAGAUGGUGAACUUCACCAUUUUAGACCUUCAGCCUGCAGACAGUGGGAACUACUGUUGCAGAGCAGCGAUCUCUAAACCUUCAGAAUUAUACAGCCUGAGGGUAGUGAAAGGUCACACAGGUUGCAACAGGGAUCUACUGGACGGAUUGGAAUUUCUGGGCAACGAUAUUGAGAAUCAGCCAAUCACAAUCCAAAAUGCAAGUCAGUGCAGACAGGAAUGCACCAAUAUUGACAAGUGCCAGUACUUCACAUUCAGUUGGAAGGAGACAGAAAUUAGAAACAAAUGUUCCUUGAAGGCCUCAACUGGUGAUCUGUUGAACUCAAGAAUUACAAUACAGCGCCUCCAAAAUGCAACCUCGGGCUAUUCCCUGAAAAACUGCAGUGGUAAAGUCACCUACUCAGCCAAAAACUACAGCCUUGUCCUUAAGUGGAAAAACUGGACUGAAGCACAAGAGUACUGCAGACAACACUACACAAACCUGUCCAUCAUACACACAGAAGAGGAUUGGAAGGCAAUUCAAUCCACUCUGAGUCAUUUUAGUGGUGAUGUGUGGAUUGGCCUUAAUGGAAAUGGGCCUUUUCAAACUAAAAAGUGGAGUUGGUCUGAUGGGGAGGACUUGAUGUUCUUAAACUGGGAUGGUGGUUUUGGCAGCGUGCUCAACAUUCAUUGUGCCGUUUCAGUUUCUUCUCGGUUUCGACAACAGUUGUGUAACACCUCAUUACCCUACAUGUGUCAAUACGUUCAUCAUGUCAAUGGAGUAACAGAGAAGGUGUAUGUGCUGAUAACCAAACCAAAGAACCAGGAGGAGGCUGUGAAAGACUGCAAACAUCAACAAGGAGAACUGGCGAGUAUCUGUAACCAGAAAGAGCAGGAUGCCUUUGAUGAGUUGAAUGACGGGAUCACCUGGAUUGGACUAAAGCAUGAGAACAACACAUGGAAUUGGUCCAGUGGGGAACCAUUUCAGAAAUGGGACAAUCCAAUGUGUUUGGGAGACGGAAACUGUGUAAAGCUGAACUCAGAAAAUGACAGAAAAUGGAUACCAGAAAAUUGUUCUACUCAAAGUCCUUUCCUGUGCUAUGGGGAUGAACGUCCACUUAACACCACUGGGGAUUUGACCACUCCUGUUGCCCCUGAAACCACCUGCCCUACUUCAACUGGUCCUCCCUCUACCAAAACCUCCACCACAACACCUACCACUUUACUACCUACUACUACUAAUGGACAGUCCACCACCUCACCAACUACCACUACUACUGGACAGUCCACCACCUCACCAACAACCACACUAACAUCACCACCUACAACUACUAGCGGACAGGACAGUCCACCACCUACUAAUGUAUAA